AUGAUGACGCGGCGUUUGUUGGCCGCUGCGUGCGCAGUCAAGCGCCGCCAGGCCUUUGAGUCCGCCCUCUCCAUCGCCCAGGCGUUUGGCGACCUGGAACAGGAGGACGUGCUCUCAGGGGUCGCCGAGAAGAUCGGCCCUCCGCUGUACAUCGGCCAAGCGCCCCGGAUUCUGAACCGCGGGUUAACGCCGGAAACUCAGCGCCCAACGGAGGCGGAGUUCGUGCGUCAUGCGCUGCUCCAGGAGCGCCACGUGGCGCACUCUCAGCUAGCCAUUGCGCUGCUGACGCGCGCGCACGACCAGUAUAAGCGGAUGCCGCAUGCGGGGCGGAUCAUUUACCAGCUUGGGGGCGAGAUGGCCGAUGAGUAUCUGCACGCCAACGACCUCUCCAAUGCGCGCCGCCUCUAUGACAGUGUCGCGGCCGUCUACCGCAAGGAGUCGUGGGCGCUUCUUUUGGCCGCCACGCUCGAGCGGCUUCGCGAGUGCACCCGCCAAGGGGGGCUCGUCCAGGCGUUCGUCGAGUACUCGCUCGAGCUUGCGUCUCUUCCCCUGAACGGCGGUAAUGGUGGCGGCAACGGUUACGAAAGCACAAGCUGGGACGGGGGCAAGGGGAUCGAGCUCCGGAAGCACGCGCAAGGGGAGGCGAUGGCGAUCCUGGCGGGGAGCGGGCUCAAACUAGAUCGGAUUGAUUCGGGCGUGGAGGAAGAGGAGGCGGAAAAGAAGCCGGCGGAGGCGUUAGCUAUUGAUCCCGCCGCUCCCGUGCUGCUCUCGUUCGCCGACGCGUCUCCGUUACGAACCGUCCUCUCGUGUACUGCGCUUUUUGAGCAGAGAAGUGCGCAGCCCGGAACGCCGACGAAGCUGACAGUCGCCCUCUUGUCUCGACUUCCGUCCGCAUUGAGCCCAACUUCGAUUGAAGUGGUUUUCAGUGACCCGGCGUGCAACGUCACCCUCACGUCAUCCCAGCCCGUGGUCAACCUGAUGGACGACACGUCAGCAGCGCCCACUAAAGAGAGCGUGCGGAGUCCAGAAGAGCUGACGCUGAAUUCUCUAGAGUGGCGGAAGCUCUCAGUAGACGUAACACCCAAGACGAGUGGGCGCCUUGAGUGCCAGGCGGUCAUCCUAACCCUCGGCGCUAACUCGCGGUUACGGUGCCAGGUCGAGUCCCUAGUCGGUGGCGAGAUACUAGUGCCCUUCUGGAUGUACGAGCCCCGAGGCGAGGGAUCCCCGAAACCGGUGAUUCCGCUCGGAGGUUUGCACGUUUUGGAGGUCGGAGAGGCGCCGGCCGACGUCGACGUGCAGGUGGAGUUUGGCGGAGAACCCGGGUUAGUGGGAGAGGUUUUGCCGGUGCGGAUUUUGGUUUCGUCCCGGGGGGAUAAAGUGUCGGGCGGCAAGCUGAGUUUGGAGCCGGAGAGCCUGGCGCCCAAACCCCCCGCCGCAGUUUCGGACGCUUCGCUCGUCGAUCUGGGGUCCGAAGUCCCCGUCGUUGAGGUGCUUCCGGCGGAGCUUCUGGUGAACAAGGGCUCCGAAGGGGCGGAACGGGAAUCGGCUGACGUCACGGCCGCAGGUGCAGCGGAUAUGGCGACGAGCGGAACGGAAACGGCGGAGUCGAGCGGGAGUGGCGCGUACGAGAAGUUCUCGGGACAGCUGGCGGUCCCGGAGAUCGAUGCGGGCGGGGAGUGGGCUGCAGUGGUGUUUCUGCGGUGGGCACAGGCGGCGGAUGCGGGGCUUGCGGUGACCGUAAGCUAUGAGGCGGAGAAGGGCGGCGGGGCCCCCCGAAAGUCGAAGGUGCGAAAGGUCGUGCCAAUGCGUGGGGAAGAACCCCUCUCCGUGUCGCACCGCUGGUUCGCCCCGUUCCGGAAGGAUGCGCUUCUCCCCUCCCCCUCGACAGCGUCCGCAAAGCUGCCCCUCAACGAGGAAGUGCUGCUCUCCGUUUCCGUCCGGAGCAGCUCGUCCGUUCCGGUCCGAGUCAGCGGACUGGCGCUGCGGAUGGAACAAAACCUGGCGGAAGAAGUUGGAACCGCGGGGCAAUCUAGCCAGGCGGACCUCCUAGCGGAUUCUGCGGAGGGCAAAGAGAACGGGGUUCGGGAUCUGGGGCCCGGCGAGGCGUUUUCGAAGCUCUUCCGAGUGCGUCCUUUGCAACCGGGGGAGUCGGUCUCGUUGGGCGUGCUCGAGGUGACGUGGCAGAGGCACGUGGAAGUGCCAGCUGGCACGUGGGACACCCACCCCGCCCCAGUAGUGUCCGUUCUUCCGCUUGCUCCGGUGUCCGUUGAGGGCUCGCACGUCCUCGUGGAAACGGAAUUGCCCGCCUGCGCAACUCUGGGGAAGCCGUUCAGCGUCGCGGUGAGGAUAACCAAUGCGACGGAACUGCUGCAAGAGGUUGCUUUUAGUGUGACGGACUCCCCCAGCUUCGUUCUCGGCGGGAGUCACAACGGCCAGAUGAUUGUCCUGCCCCGUUCGGUGAAAGCGCUUUUGUACGAGCUCGUUCCGAUCCAGGCGGGGCUCUUGACGCUCCCUCAGAUAAAGUUCAGUACUGUUCGGCACGGCGCGAAGUUAAAUCCAACGCAAGGCAACGCAAAGAUUUUCGUUUACCCCUCUUCGACAACAGAGGGCAGUGGACAAAACGCUGUUGGCAACGGCGUUUCUGUUGAAGUCAGAUAG